AUGGUCACGGAAUCGGCAAGAAGUGCGCCUCUGCCUGCAGCUGGCGCAGUCGUCAAAACGGUGCCCCUUUCUGUGUGGGACCAGGUCUCAAUGCGCUCCUACAUGCGGGUCGUCCUAUGCUUUCCCUUUCUAGCCAACGGUGACAACCUGGCGAGAGCGUCCUCAUGCCUAAGAUCUGCCCUCGCUCGCUUGAAGGAACAACGGCCAGAUUUUGCGGGAAGAAUACUGGCAGGGAACGAUGACGACAGAGGACGAGUGUUCCUUCGCACCUCUCCGAGCGACUCUAUUCCCUUCGAGAUGCAAGCGCUCGGAGACGACUUCGCCAGUUAUGAGACCCUCAAGUCGGCCGCCUUCCCCCCAGAAGACUUCGUUCAUCCACGAUUUUCCAUCCCUCACAACCUGGACAAAGGCCCUGCUCCAGUCGCGUCGAUCAAGGCCUUCGCCAUCCAGGGUGGACUCAUGCUCACUGUCUUCUUCCAUCAUUCCAUAGCCGAUGGCGAGUGUCUCCGCAUAUUUCUGGAGAGUUUUGCAGCGCAGACACGGAAAACCCCCAUCAGAGCGCCUUUCAUGCCGCAGUUCGAUUUUCCAAAGCAAACCCUGAGCCGUGCAGACAGCGCAGAGCUCGUCUCCCAUUUGCCCGAGUACACACUCCUUCCAGAACCCUACGGCCCUACAGUACCUUACAUCCCGGCGGGGGGCGUGCCUAUUGACGAGAUAGAUAGGACUGGGAAGAUAUUUACGUUCGAUAAUGACAGGCUGGUGUGUCUCCGGAGAGCCCUGGCCAAAGUGAUGAAAAGGUCCAAGGUCCCUUCAAACUAUACAUGCUUGGCGGCUUGGGCGUGGGCUCACAUCAGCCGCGCUCGUAUGAGGGAUGACGAGUAUGUGCCCAGGACGGCAACAGACCCCCCAGCCAGGCUGCAGACAAUGGUCAACUGGAAGAAGAGGGUUGACGGAAAUGCGCGCUAUGAGAACUACUUCGGCAAUGCUACAGCUAUCGCUGUGACCACUUCAGUUGCUUCAGAGCUCGCAUCCGCCUGCCAAGACUUGUCCUCCCUAGGUUGCCUGGUCCGCAGGAUUGAGGCUUCGAUUCAAAGUGUCGAUGACGCCUUUGUCAAUAAGCGCACCGCCUUUUUUGACUCGGUCUCAGACCCUCGCCGUGUCGGCCUAGCAAGCGACCCGAGAACACCGACAGAUCUGGCCUUCAACACCUGGCGCUUUUUUGGUGCUGAUACUGCCUGGGACAUACCUGGGGUACCUUCCAGAGUGCCAGACACAGUACGCAAGGCCCAGGAAACAUGGGGACUGGCUGGGGCCCUAAUACUGCCGGCCAGGAAGACGUCCCAGGUGCAUGAGCUACUUAUCACCCUGCCUAGCUCAUCAAUGAGAAUUCUUUGCCAGGAUAAAGACUGGUCUCAGUUAAACUACUAG